UAACUGCUGCACUGACAUUUAGCAUGUCAACCUUAUUGAAUAAGAACAUUUAGCAUGAAUGGAAACUGGAUGCGAAUGAGCUUGCUAUCAUUCUGAGUGGACUGGUGAAAACUAGUCAAUUUAAACUGGGGAUAUAAACCAUACUAAGUUAUUUAAAUAUAAACAGUCUUAUCUUCUGAAUAAAGACUGGAAGGCGUGUGAACAACGGGCGGCUGUUCAACCAGUGAGUCCAACUAGCAACACAUGCUAGCUUGCUAACUUUAUAUAGAGACCAAGGCCAGAAUAAAGAUGGAAACAAUACUUAACCUACCAAUCGAAAAUAAGAUAUUUUAUGCUGUUCUGGUGUUCUCAUGGACGGUGUAUCUAUGGGAGGCCUACCUUGCCUACAGACAGCGGAGAAUAUACAGGUUGACCGUGCACGUACCACAAGAGUUGGGAAAGAUCAUGGACACAGAUACCUUUGAGAAGUCACGCCUUUAUCAACUAGACAAGAGCAACUUCAGUUUCUGGUCUGGACUGUAUUCAGAAACUGAGGGGACGCUGAUCCUGCUAUUUGGCGGAAUCCCUUUCGUUUGGAAAGUUGCUGGGACAGUGACUGCUCGUUUUGGAUUGGGUCCAGAGUAUGAGAUCUUCCAGUCUCUUUCGUUUCUGAUACUAGCAACCCUGUUCAGUGCAUUCACUGGCCUUCCCUGGAGUAUCUACAACACCUUUGUUAUUGAGGAGAAGCAUGGCUUCAACCAGCAGUCGCUGGGGUUCUUCCUAAAGGAUGCUGUAAAGAAGUUUAUUGUGACCCAGUGUAUCUUGUUGCCUGUGACCUCACUGCUCCUCUACAUCAUCAAGAUUGGUGGAGACUUCUUCUUCAUCUACGCCUGGCUCUUCACACUGGGUGUCUCACUUGUUCUGGUAACCAUCUAUGCGGACUACAUUGCGCCCCUAUUUGACAAGUUCACCCCUUUGCCAGAGGGUGAGCUGAAGGAAGAGAUUGAAAGCAUGUCGAAGUCUAUCAGUUUCCCUCUCACUAAGGUCUAUGUUGUAGAAGGUUCCAAGCGUUCCUCUCACAGUAACGCUUACUUCUAUGGGUUCUUCAAGAACAAGCGCAUAGUGUUGUUCGACACCCUGCUGGAGGACUACUCUCCCCUCAACAAGGACGGAGAGACUGACACACCAACCGAGGACAAAUCCAAGCUCAAGAACAAGAAGCAAGGCUGCAACAAUCCAGAGGUCUUGGCGGUGUUGGGCCACGAGCUGGGCCAUUGGAAGUUGGGCCACACUGUGAAAAACAUAGUAAUCAGUCAGAUGAACUCCUUCCUGUGCUUCUUCCUCUUUGCUGUGCUAAUUGGACGGAAGGAGCUGUUCGUGGCCUUUGGUUUCUAUAACAGCCAGCCCACUUUGAUUGGGUUGAUGAUCAUAUUCCAGUUCAUCUUCUCCCCAUACAAUGAGGUCCUGUCAUUCUGUCUGACUGUCCUGAGCCGCAGGUUUGAGUUCCAGGCGGACUCCUUUGCGCUGGGCAUGGGUCGAGCCUCAGAGCUCUACUCUGCACUCAUCAAGCUCAACAAAGACAACCUGGGCUUCCCUGUGGCUGACUGGCUCUUUUCCAUGUGGCACUACUCCCACCCUCCCCUCCUGGAGCGCCUACGGGCCCUGGGAAGCACCAAGCAGGACUGACGAGUCCCAAAAGGAGAGCCACGCCCGCUGCCUCACCCCAAGGGUCUCCGCAGGCCUCUUCUGGCACUCUGAUGUAGUCUCCCCUAUUUUCCUCUCUGUUUCCCUAUUUUUGUUCUCCUUUAUCCUCGCCAUUAUGUUAUUUUUUUGGUCAUUUUUUCCCCACAGUUUCAAACUGGCACAAUACCAAAAGUUUUCAGAAAUCUAGUGUGAGACAAGAAGAUCUGUCGGCUAUGCUUAUUCUAGGUGUAAUGGAGUUAAGAAUGUACCAUAAGCUCAUGCCACAGCUAGCUUGACAUGUUGCCGAUGGAGCUAUCGAUUUAUACAUUUUCCCGAUAGCUCAAACGGUUUGUAAGUUGUCAAGGAGUGGAGUCACGUGUGCUAGCCAGGCAUCGGUCCUGAGUUCGAGCUCUGCGGGCCGAAUCGGGAGGAACCUGUACUCACUAAGCAAGCAGCGUGACGUCCGUAACAUAGGGAAACAUGAACAUGCAAUACAAUUGUGGGCAUAAAUAAUUACCCGACCAUUUUUAGUUUAAGCACUUGCUGCUAGUACAGGUCACAUUGAUCAAGGAUUUCUCAUAUUUCAGAAAGGUUUACAUUUUUUACUGAAGUUUUAUUUGAAUUUCAUUUACUCCCCUGAGAAUUUGUCAUUACAAAUAUUUUCUCAUAAAACCUUGAUGUACAGUAGUGGAACUAUCCCUGGCCAGUAGGGGUGGAACUAUCCCUGGCCAGUAGGGGUGGAACUACUGGGGGGGGGGGGGGUGAGAAAAAAAUAUCAAGAGUGACAAUAGGAUGUACAGCGAAUGGGCCAUCAAUUUAUUAUUAAUAGUAUAUCCUGCUGGUCGAUUGGCUCCAUCUACAACUGUUUAUUAUGAGAGGUGUGUCUGAACACUAGAACUUUAAAAGAUACACACCUUUUCAGAUUUAGUCAAGACUAUGCUUGAGAUGGAUCAAGUUAUACAGGUAACUGCCAAAGUAAUAAAACACUUGAGGAAAUAAGGGAUACAAAGAAUAUUGAAAGCAGGUGCUUCCACACAGGUGUGGUUCCUGAGUUAAUUAAGCAAUUAAUAUCCCAUUGUGCUUGGGGUCAUGUAUAAAAAUGCUGGGCAGGCCAUUAUUUUGGCUACCAUGACUAUGCCCCCAAAGGAUGACAAUGCCCCUAUGCACAGGGCAUGAGUGGUCAAAUGAAGUUUUAUUUGUCACGUGCUGAAUACAACAGGUGUAGGCCUUACCAUGAAAUGCUUAUUUACAAGCCCUUAUCCAACAAUGCAGAGUAAGAGGGGGGGA